UGCGACGCUAAGGCAUCAAACACUCAUUCUCCACCGGAACAAAUUGGCCCUAGUCAAAUACACGCAUCAAAAUAUUGUAUUUUAUUACGUUUUUUCAUUGAUGACAGAUCGUGUGUGUAUAUUGCCGGUUUAGUUUAUAGACUUGAAAUUCUGUUUUGUACUGUUUAAUCGAAAUUCCUAAACGUGAAAGUGUUAUUACACGAGAAAAUGUUCGAAGCCCAAGCCAGGCAGCCUAAUGGCGAGGUGCGGCAGUUAGAGUUACUUUGUAAACAACUCUAUGAGUCUCAAGAUGCCAGUCAGAGGGCAGAAGCAGAAAAAGCUCUUGUUGGUUUCCAAAAUGCCCCAGAUACUCUAUCAAAAUGUCAGCUUCUUCUGGAUCGAGGAGACUCCUGUUAUGCUCAGCUUCUAGCUGCCACAACAUUGACCAAACUUGUGUCUCGCAGUGCCCAAGGUCUCAGUUUGCAGCAAAGAGUUGACAUUCGCAAUUAUGUUUUGAAUUACCUUGCAACUCGACCAAAACUUCCAAAUUUUGUUAUUCAAGCCUUGGUGACUCUUUUUGCUCGGAUUAGCAAACUUGGGUGGUUUGACAGUGAUAAGGACGAGUUUGUCUUCAGAAAUGUUGUCACUGAUAUUACAAAAUUCUUGCAGGGCUCUGUGGAGCAUUGCAUGAUCGGCGUGCAGCUUUUGUCACAGCUGACCUGUGAGAUGAAUCAGAUCUCGGAGGCAGAUGCAAAUCGUUCGCUGACAAAACAUCGUAAAAUUGCAUCAUCAUUCCGGGACACUCAGCUGUUUGAGAUAUUCCGCCUCUCUUGUUCACUGCUUGGUACAGCUCGAGAAAAUUGCAAGAGUCUCAACUUCAAUGAUGAAGGACAGCACGGAUUGAUGACCCAGUUGCUUCGAUUGGCACACAACUGUCUCACGUUCGAUUUCAUUGGCACGUCAACAGAUGAAUCAUCUGAUGACUUGUGCACAGUUCAGAUUCCCACCAGCUGGAGACCUGCAUUCCUUGACUUUUCAACAUUGAAGCUGUUCUUUGAUCUCUAUCAUUCCUUACCAAAUACACUAUCUCCAUUGGCAUUAUCGUGUCUUGUACAGAUUGCAUCAGUCCGUCGUUCCUUAUUUAGCAAUACUGAAAGAGCCAAAUUCCUUACACAUCUGGUCAAUGGAGUCAAACAUAUACUUCAAAACCCACAGGGAUUGAGUGAUCCAAGCAACUAUCAUGAAUUCUGUCGUCUGUUGGCAAGACUGAAAUCGAAUUAUCAGCUGGGCGAACUAGUCAUGGUUGAAAACUAUCCAGAAUCAAUUCAACUUAUAGCCAAAUUUACAGUGCAAAGUUUACAGAUGUGGCAGUUUGCACCAAACAGUGUUCACUAUCUUCUUAGUCUGUGGCAAAGAAUGGUUGCGUCUGUUCCUUACGUGAAGGCUACUGAACCUCAUCUUUUGGAGACAUACACGCCAGAAGUUUCUAAUGCUUACAUUACAUCCAGAUUAGAGUCUGUUGCAGUUGUUGUUAGGGAAGGUCUGGAGGACCCUCUAGAUGACCUGGGCAUGGUCCAGCAGCAGCUUGAACAGUUGUCGGUUAUAGGGCGCUGUGAAUACCAGAAAACUUGUACAUUGCUCGUUCAGUUAUUUGAUCAGGCAGCACGAGCAUACCAGGAACUAAUGGCCACUCCAAAUGCUCAGCAACUUGACAUCACAAUACAAGAGGGUCGGCUAACAUGGUUGGUGUAUAUAAUUGGAUCAGCAAUUGGUGGUCGAGUCUCUUUUAACAGUAAUGAUGAACAUGAUGCAAUGGAUGGAGAAUUAGUGUGCAGGGUGCUACAGCUGAUGAAUUUAACUGACUCAAGAUUGGCUCAAGGAGGUUGUGAGAAACUAGAACUUGCCAUGCUUAGUUUCUUUGAGCAGUUCAGGAAGAUUUAUGUUGGCGAUCAGGUCCAAAAAAAUUCCAAAGUAUAUAGGCGGUUAUCUGAAGUAUUGGGAUUAAGUGAUGAGUCCAUGGUUCUGAGUGUCUUUAUUAGAAAAAUCAUAACGAACUUGAAAUACUGGGGCCGCAGUGAGCAGAUAAUUUCGAAGACCUUACAGCUGUUGAAUGACCUUUCAGUGGGCUAUAGCUGUGUCCGCAAGCUUGUCAAACUGGAGGAGGUGCAGUUCAUGCUGAACAACCAUACGAGUGAACACUUCCCUUUCCUGGGUAACAGUGUGGCUGUGAGCGAGAUGAGGUGCCGGUCCAUGUUUUAUACGUCAUUAGGUCGGCUCCUGAUGGUAGACCUAGGAGAAGAUGAGGAUAGAUUUGACAGCUUCAUGUUGCCUCUGACAGUGUGUUGUCUGGCAGCUGCGUUUGAAUCAAUUGGUACGAUGCUGGCAUCAGCAGAGACUCCACUGUUUGCUGCUGAAGAGGCAAAGAAAGCACUCAUAGGACUGGCACGCGAUCUUAGGGGGCUAGCAUUUGCUUUCAAUACAAAGACUUCAUAUAUGAUGCUCUUCGAUUGGAUUUAUCCCAGUUAUACCCCAAUUCUCCUUCAUGCAGUUGACCUCUGGUGCCAUGACCCUCAGGUUACAACUCCAGUCUUAAAACUCUUUGCGGAAUUAGUUCAGAAUCGAUCGCAAAGGCUACAGUUCGAUGUCUCAUCACCAAAUGGUAUUCUGCUGUUCCGUGAAGCCAGUAAAGUCAUAUGCAGCUAUGGUAGCCACAUACUGAAUGUGGAAGUUCCGAAGGAUCAGAUAUAUCCUAUGAAACUGAAGGGUAUAUCCAUCUGUUUCUCUAUGCUAAAGGCUGCUCUUUGUGGUAACUAUGUCAACUUCGGAGUGUUUCGCCUUUAUGGGGAUGAGGCUCUCGACAAUGCCCUAAAUACAUUUGUGAAACUGCUGCUCUCAAUACCACAGUCAGAUCUACUGGACUAUCCAAAGUUGUCUCAGACAUACUACGUAUUACUGGAAUGCUUGGCUCAAGACCACAUGAGUUUUCUGUCAACACUUGAACCUCGUGUGUUCCUCUACAUUUUGUCCUCAAUCUCAGAGGGACUUACAGCCCUAGGUGCGAACCUCAAUUUCUUCACAGAUACAAUGGUUUGUACUGGAUGCUGUGCUACCCUGGACCAUAUUGUUACAUACUUGUUCAAACAACUCACACAAAAAGGAAAAAAGACUCGGAGGGGUGUGCCGACACCCAGUGACAUGUUCCUGCAGGUUCUAGAACUACAUCCAGAGAUAUUACAACAGAUCCUGAGUACUGUUCUGAAUGUAAUUAUGUUCGAAGAUUGCCGCAACCAGUGGUCAAUGUCACGACCACUCCUGGGGCUCAUACUUCUGAAUGAGGAGUAUUUCAAUCAGCUGCGUGAGAACAUCAUUCGCAGCCAACCACCAGAUAAACAGGCCGCCAUGGCACAGUGGUUUGAGAACUUAAUGGAUGGCAUUGAAAGAAACUUGCUCACAAAGAAUCGUGACAGGUUUACACAAAACCUAUCCAUGUUCCGAAGAGAUAUAAAUGACUCGCUGAAAGGUCCAAACAUGACUGCAGCAUCUGUCAGUGACAUGAUGACUUCGUAGUGAUUGUUUCAUUCUUCUAGCCAGCGAAUGAAUGAACAAGAGAAACAGUUAUGUAGUAGGGAUGCCAAAAGAUAGAACUUCUACUGAUGCCAUACUCCCUCCUGAAGGUCAAGGAUGUUAAAUUUAAAUGAAAGACCAUAUUAUUCCUCUUUAGUCUGCAUUUACAUAUAUUUUUAUAAUAUGUGUUACUUUGUUUUGGAGUAUGUUUAAGUAAGAAAGGUUUACAUUGGUAAUGUUCCUUUUUUUUUUUGUUAAAAUAAUGCCACCAUGCAGGCUUACACGCUUUAACUGUGUUGAAUGAAUUUUAAAAAUAACUUAUCAUGUGAAGUAGUUAUGCUGACUGGCAUCUCUAUUAUUUAGCAUAUGAAUUUGUGUGCUGAAAGUGUGUGUAGGAGUGAGAUUAUUGCUGUGGAACAUUCAACAUUUGCAAGUGUAGCCUGAGCAAAGACAAAGAGCAGUUUACACUGUGCACUCUUUCCAGACCUCUGUGUGCUUGAUUCAUGGUGUUCCAAUUGGUGUGAGUGUGUGUCUUGCCAUGUGUACGUAUAUAUGUGAGCAAAGAUGAAGAGAUAGUAUGAAUUUCAUUACCCCUGUGAUCCAUUGUGAAAAUAUUAAUAAAGAUGAUGAAUCGGAAAAUUUUAAGAUGAAUAAUAUUAGCAUAAAAGUACAGAUCACAUUUGGUAACUAUUAUUAUUACUGUAUUGUAUGUAUGCAAGCAUAAGUGAAAAGACAGUGAUGUCAAGUUUGUUAUUAUUUCUAUAGCUUGUUCCCAAAUAAAGAACUUGCAAGUA